AUGCAUGUUGUUACGACAAAUAAAGUAAUCGGUCAUGUUUUGUCUUCAGAUCGUAUCAUUCAUGGUGUGGAUGCAUGGCAAAUGUCAACGUUUAUUCACCAUAACGGUCCUCUCUCAGCAAACUACGCCAUUGAUGGUAACCGCGACAAUAAUGAUCAAACCAAUGGCCACCUGUACUGUGCCCACACUAAAAGCGACAACUCGUUCUGGGGUAUGGAGUUUGAGCGUGUAGCAGAUGUGUCUUACGUUCUACUACUCUUCCGGAAUGCCAUGUGGAUGAAUGAAAGGAACUCGAACUUACGCUUGCUGAUAUCGUCAACAAGACAGGAUUCCGACAACAACGUCGGCACAGAUUGUGCAACCUUCGUCGGACCCCCAGCAUCGCUUUCUCAGCCGACCAAGGUAACGUGCACCCAACCUGUGACAGGAAAGUUCUUGAAGAUUAUACACAAUAAUCCGAAUCCCCUGACCCUUUGUGAAGUAGAGGUUUAUUCCACAUAG